GGGAAACCUUGUCUAUUUAACUAGCAGCAACAAGCUCUGCAUCCUGGUAGAAUUCAAGGCCGAAAAGUCGAGGAAACGGUCUUCAAGACCUCUCGCGUGUUUUAAUGUUGGUGUUGCUUAAAACGAUACAAACUAACACUCUGGCAUAAAGUAAAUGUUACCAAGUUUGAAUCAAAGAGGUCAAAGCAAACUCGCCAUGUGCAACGCGCGGAGACAAGGCGCGCGCGCCGCUACAUAGCCUAUCCGUGUAUUCUAUACUCUAGCCCAUCAUCCAAAAUGACCGAUGUGCGACCAAUGACAACGGGUGGACUGCGGACAUCGAUGAGGAGGAACGCCGACGCCUCGCCAAAUCGCGUCAUGUCCGCGAGCCUGUCUGCAAGCCAGUCACAUGGUGAAAGUGGCGGUCGUCGGGGCCGUGGCAAGGUCACAACCCAGGCCGUCAUAACAGAGGCAUUUGGUCGCGGCCUGCAACACGACCUGACCCUGGCCUCCAUCCGCAAGCUGAACGCCCUCACCAGCCAGGCCGCCAAGACAGAGGCGCACCUCGCCUCACGCACAGCAGCCAUGAGCCGUACAGCGGCGGAGGCGGCGUCAGCCGCCGCCGCCGCCGCCGCCACCGCCGCCGCCGCCGCAGGCGCCGCCGCCGCCGCGUCAGCCACGUCAGCAGCCGCCGGACCCAUAGCUACGUCAGGAGCCGCCGCAGCUGCAGGAGGCACAGCAGGGACUUCAGGAGCCUGGUUUGGCACUCGGCCGCAAUCGAGGCUGGAGGGCAUCAAUGGAGAGGCUCGUUCCGACGGCGGCGGUGGAGGCAGCAGCAUUGGUGGCGGCAGCAUUGGCGGCGGCCGCGGCGGGUCGCGGCCAUGGACGGCGGCGGCGGCGCUGCCGUCGCAGGCGUGGGGAGCUGCUGGCGAGGCGGCGGCGGGUGUGGUGGUGGCGGCCAGCAGCAGCCCCAGAGGGGCGCCCUGCUUUUCCGGGGCCGCGGCGGGGGCGGGGGCUGGCGGCACGGACGUGUUUGACGGCAUGGGUACGGAAUGCAUUGCGGGCCGCGGAACGCAAGUGGCGCGGCUGCUGGCCAUGCAAGACCGCAUCCUGCAUGUCGCAAUCCGCGAGCAGCAGGCGGCGCAGGCGGCGGCGGCGGGCGGGGGCGCCGCCAACAGCCGCCACUCCCUCCUCAGCUCCGCAGGCGCAGCUGGAGGCAACGGAGGCGGAGGCGGUGGCGGCGCCGCCUGCCUGCCGAGUCUGAACCUAGUAGCGCUGUCGGCGGGCGGUGGCGGUGGUGGCGGUGGCGGUGCAGGGGAAAUGUCGGCUGAGGAGGCGAAGCGGCUGCAGGGGCUGGGCAUUAAACACAACAGCAGGGUGGCGGCGGCGGCGGUUCAGCUGUUCCGCCUGACGCCGCGCAAGGUAGAGCCGCACCCGGACGACGAGCUGCUGGGGCCGCCGGGCACACCGCCCAACACGCAGCGCAGCGGCACCGAGUCAGACCGCAGCUCGCGAGCUCGCAACCGACUGCAGGAGGGUGUGCGCGCUCAGAUGGCUCGCAAUCGCGGUUUCCACGUCAUGUCCACUUUCAUCAAGUCGCUGGAGGAGUCAGACGAGCUCUCACUCAUCAACCGCGCCCGAAACUUCGCCCGCCAGCAAUCCGCCCAAUCCGCCAACUCGCAGCGAAGCACGGCACGCGGCGGCGGCGGCGGCGGCGGCGGCGGCGCCCGGUUGGGGUCCGCCACGACAGCAGCGAAGUCAGCCGCCGCCGCAGCAGCAGCAGCAGGCGGCGGCGGCGGCGGCGCGGCGGGAUCCGGGCGCUCCACGCGAUCCGGAAUCAACCGCAACGACUCGUUGUACGGCGUGCCGUACGGCGUAGUCACAUCGUACGGCACUGGCACGGGGGCGGGGGAUGGGGAUGGGGUUGAGUUCUCGGGUUUCAGCUCGCUGCCGCCUGUGGCGGCGCAGGGCCCGGCGCCGUCGCUCAUUGCGUUGGAUGGGCACACGGCGGCGGCGAUGGGCGCACUGCCGCCGGCCAGCGUCCUGGCGGCGGCGGCGACGGCGGCAGCGGCGCGCGGCGGCCUGUCCAGUGCGGGCGGCGCGGCUGCGGGUGCUGGCGCGGGUGUGGGUGUGGGUGUGGGUGGCAGCAGACAGGCCACGCCACGCGACACGGUGCCGGCUGCGUAUUAUGCUAUUGCUGAGGGCGAGGAGCAUGAGGAGCAUGAGGAGCACUUUGACGAGUCGGACCUGCUGCAAGUGCCCCGCCUGCCCUCCAACCUCAUGUCAGACCUGGCUCGGGCAGUGGUCCUCAGCUGCCCACACGCCGCCUCUGCAGCCGCCGCCGCCGCCGCCGCGAACUCCGCCCGCUCCAAUGCCGUUCCCGCCGCCAGCGCCAGCUCCAGCCCGCGCGGCGACGCCACCGGGACUGGAAUCAGCGCAGCUGGCGGCGGCGGCGGCGGUAACGGCAGUAGCCGGCACGGCAGCCCGAGCUCACGCAGCGGCAGCGCACGCGGGCGUGGGCGCAGCGGCAGCAGCCCAAGGCAAGGCAGUAGCGGCAGUGGCGGCAGCGCCGCCGCCGGCCGGGCCGGCUCCGCCGCCCGCCGCGGCAGCAACGGCGCGGGCAGCUCCGCCGCCGCCGUCCACAACAGCAGCAUUGGCGGCGCCAGCCAUGGCGUGUACGGCAGCCCUGGCGUGUACGGCAGCCCUGGCACGUACGGCAGCCCUGGCACGUACGGCAGCCCUGGCGGCGCCGCCAGCAGCAUGACUAAUCACGGCCGCCAGGGCGCCUCCAGAGGCGGCGGUGCUGGUGGUGGUGCUGGGGGUGGGUAUGUUCGGUCUAUGUCUAUGUCCGCGGCGUUCCUGCAGGAGCAGGGACACGUGGCGGAGCGACCGCCCUCGCCCGAAUUCCAGACCCAGCUUGCUGACGUGGAGCCCUACACGGGCCGCUACGGCUCCCCGGAGCGACUGGCGGAGCGGCUCCGGCGCACUGCGGUGGCGGCGGUGGAGGCCAACCCAGCAGGCUACCGGGAAGACGUGGCGGCGGCGGAGGUGGCGUUGUACCGCCAGGUGGCGGACCGCGGGCGGGCGGCGUUGCAGCGCACUGCCGAGGAGCCGCAGGAUGUGCGAGCCACCGACGACCUACACAAACAGGUCUCGCUGCUGCACUUCUGCCGCCCCUACUUCCUAGCGCCGGGGCCGGUGAAGGAGGCGGUGCCGCUGCGCCCCGCCUCCAGCCACCGCCUGCUCCGCCGCUCCGCCACCGCCUCGCUGGCCGCCCGCACGAUGGAGUCGGUGUUCCUGCCGCGGGCCACAGACAACGACGCGGGAGACCUGCUGGACACAAACUCGGUCCGAGAGCGGCAGGCGCGCAAGGACUGGAACCGGGUGGUCCGCAAGGACGGCUUCAAAAGCAUGAUCGCGCGCGACGACCCCGCGGUCCGGGGUGGGCUGUGCGGCAUGGGCGGGGCUCUGGACGCGUGUCUGGCGGUGCUGCUUCGGCACAAGGACUCCAUCAAGUCUGCGUUUGGGUUCUACGGCAUACAGGGCACGGAAACCACCGAGCAGUGCUUCGCGAUCGGACACAACGAAUGGCGCGCCUUCGUCACGGACUGCGGACUGGCAGUGCCGCCCACCGCCACCCCCUCCAUCUUCCCACCCGCCGCCACCACCACCUACACCGUUGACGGCACCUCCCCUUCCUCCUCCGGGCCUGCCCCGCGUGUGCCGCCGCUGCCGCUCGGUGGCGCCGCCACGCAAAUCGGCACCGGCUCGGGCGCGAACCCGAGUUCAAAUCCCGCCGGGGCCACGUUGAAGCGCCAGGCCUCCAUGACGGGCCUGCUGCAGCAGGCAGACGCGGCCUUCCUGGCGGCCAAUUAUAAGCCCGACAAGCAGAGCGCGGAGGGGCAGGCCAACCUGGACCGGGCGCUGAUGCGGUUUGAGUUCAUUGAGGCGCUCAUUCGCCUGGCCGUGGCGCGGCACGUCAAGGCUGGCUGCAAGCUGGGCACGGUGGCGGCGGCGCUGGAGCACAUGUGGACGGAGGAGGUGCUGCCGGGCCUGCCGCCGCACGCGCUGCACGAGCCCAACGCCUGGCGGCUGGGGGCGCUGUACGGCGACCACCGGGUCAACGAGGUGCUGACGAGGCACCUGGAGGUGGUCACGGCCGCCUUCGACCUGUACCGCGCCUCCAACAAGGACAAGCGGCUGCGACUGGCGGACUGGUUGGGUCUGGUGAACGCGGCGGGGCUGAUCGGCGAGGCGACCGGUCUGUCGCAGCGGGACGCCCGGAUAUGCUUCGCACGCUCCCUGUGUGUGGUGGUGGACGAGGUGGGCGGGACCGCAGGCGGGGCCGCAGCCGGCGGCGGCCGCGGCGGCUCCGGCCCUCCUCCGGGCUGGCUGCGGUCCAUCAGCGCGGACCGCUGCGACCUGAUGGAGGCGCUGGCGCGGCUGGCGGAGGCGAUGCAGCCGCCGCCGCGGGAACAGGUUGCGGCGGCGCUGCGGGUUGCGGCGGCGCUGCGGGACGUGGUGGGUCUGCACGGUCUGGAGCUGCAGGAGGAGCUGCUGCGGCCCUGGCUCGCCUACUACAGCCUGAUGCCGCCCACGGAGUUGGCAGAGCGCAACAGCCGCAUCCACGAAGCGGCGGAGGCAGCCGCCGCAGCGGAAGCAGCAGCCCUGGUGGCGGCGGAGCGCGCAGCGGCAGCCGCCGCUGCCGCCGCCGCGGCCGGCGGCCGGCCCGGCACCGCUGGCACCACCACUAUUAGAGGCGAGACGUCGCCAGGGUCGCCGCCGCUUCAACUCAUGAUGCCGCCAAAUGCGAGCGACAUACCCUCGCUAGGCUCAACGUUGACGGGCUACGCUAGCCCCCAGCUGCAGCCGGACAGCAUCAACGGCAUUGUCGGCGGCGCCGGUUUGCAACAACCGCCAACGUCCAACCGACAGAUUUCCGUUGCUGGAUCUGGCGGCCGCCGCACCCUGGAUGGCAUUGCAUCUGUGAUUGACGGCUCGCGGCCCGGCACAAUUGACGGCGUCAGCGGUGAGGCUGGUGGUGCUGCUGGCGGUGGUGCGGGUGGUGGUGCGGGUGGUGGGGGUGGGGAUGGUCGGCGGCUGUGGUGGCAGCUGGAGGCGUUGUUGGAGGUGCUGGAGGGGCGGCUGCGGGAGAGGUGGGAGGUGUCGGAUAACGAGCAACUGGUGCUCAAAAUGCAGACCGUGGCGCGCAGCCUCGUUUCAGGCAUGUAGACUUUCGGUUUGCGAAGGGUGCAGUGAAGAGGUGUGCAGUCAGCAUUCGCUAGAUAGGUUUUGCUGUCUGUGAAGUAUGGUGGCAGGUAGCAGAUUAUUGCUGUGGAUUCGAAGAACUGCAGGACACCUGGCGUGUUGCGUUGUGUUCGGAUGCCAUGUGCCGUGCAGGCAGAGGUCGUGACGUGGUUGAUACGGUACUCGUAACAGCUUGUCCGUACAUCGUGUGGUUUCGGAUGUUCGUGCCCGUCACCUGCCCAUCAGCGAACACUGCGUGCCGCAUGGGUCAAACCUGGCAACGACAUGUGUGGGAUCGGCACUGCGCGGGGGUACAUGAGUUACAUAUGGACUGGAGGUUAACCGCUGGGAGUUGUGAUUGUUUGUGACUAAACGUGAGCGCAGACGGGCACGUGACCAACCGGCAGGAUGUGUGCGUACGGCACAGCCCCGUACUGGGAAUUGAAUCAGGAUCAAUAUCGGCUUAUCAGCUGCCGGGGCCAGAGCCCCCAGUCGAUCAUCGUGUCCAGUAGAGUGACAGUCACAUGUAAGUACAGCGCCGUCUGGCGUGUGUCAUACUGACAUGGAAGGCAAGCCCCCGUUGCGAAUGUCGCAAGGCAAAGCUUUGCUGCUCGUCUAGGCUUGUUAGCGGAGUGCUGUCGAAAUGCGAACGCGAAUGUGCUUGUCCUGUGGCGGCUUGUCCUGUGGCGGCUUGGAACGUGCGCGAUGCUCACGAGGUAG